AUGAGUCACUCAAAAAACGAAAAAGACCAAGUAUGUAUCCAAUCAGAGGAAACAGAAGAUAAGCCUAAAGCUGAGGAGGGAAAAAAAGAUCAGCCUAAAGCUGAGGAGGGAAAAAAAGAUCAGCCUAAAGCUGAGGAGGGAAAAAAAGAUCAGCCUAAAGCUGAGGAGGAAAAAAAAGACGAAGAAAAUAUUCUUUUGAGAGAAAAUGAAUUUUUACGAAAUAAAAUAUGUGAAGAUUUUAAAAAAUGGAAAAAAUUAAACUAUAAUGCCACCAAACAAUCAAUUAUUUCUACCGUUACAUGUAUAUUUUUCUGUGCAAUUGGUGUUUUUCUUUAUAUCACUGAAAACAAUCAACUUGGAAUAAAAAUUAAAAAUAUAGUUUCUACUAGCGUUAUUGGAACAGGAGGCACACUUACCCUUUUUGGAAGUUUAGCAAGUCUUAAAGCUCUUUUCAAGGAAAUUAGUGACCAUAAGAAAGAUUUUGAUAGCUUAGUGAAUUAUUUUCGUAGAUCUCCUGAUGACGAUAAAAUAGAAAUUAGUUCUUUUGCUAAGGGUGUUGAUCUCGAAGUACAUGCAAAACAGCAAAAAUUAAUAUCACGCUUCUUAAUUAAAAUUAACAGGCAUAUGCAAUAUAUGCUACUUUGUCCUCUUUCAACUUAUUUUUUGAGUAUAGCUAUUUCAAAUUUAAUUUGCAUUCAAUUAUUGAUUCCUAGAAUGUUAGAAGUUGAAGAAACAAUGGUGUCAGAAGGAGAAGAUGCUGUAAUGAAAACAAUAAAUGAAUCUGCGUCAAAAAAUGAUCAGAAAAAAAAUGAUCUGGCAGAUUUUGUAGGUUCUGUGAUAAAUUCUGUGAACGAUUAUGUGAACAAUUCUUCGAAUGUAGAGUUACAAACAGAAAAUUCAGUGAUUCAUAAAAAACUUAAAAAGGUUUGGAAAAAGAUGAAUGAUGAAAAGAAUAAUAUUAUUGAAGAUUUAAGGACCAUAAACGAAAAGAACAACAAGGAAAUGAAAAUCAUCGAUCGUUUUUACGAGUUUUAUUAUAAUACUCAUAAAGUAAAACUUUUUUAUGCUGAUAAAGCUAAUAUAUUGGAUUUUUUUCAAUGUUUAUUUCGUGAAAUACGAAAUAAAUGGAAUCAAGAUAAAGUCAAAGAUGGAAAAUUUAUGAAACCAGAUCUAAUUUAA